AUGGCCGCUGAAACGGGAGGCUUCUGUGUCAACGUCCCAAAGACCCGCCGCACCUAUUGCAAAGGCAAGACUUGCAAGAAGCACACUCAACACAAAGUCACGCAAUACAAGGCCGGCAAAGCCUCGCUAUUCGCCCAAGGAAAGCGCCGAUACGACCGCAAGCAGUCCGGUUAUGGUGGUCAAACGAAGCCUGUGUUCCACAAGAAGGCUAAGACAACCAAGAAGGUGGUGUUGAGAUUGGAGUGCACAUCAUGCAAGACCAAGGCACAAUUAUCACUCAAGCGAUGCAAGCACUUUGAGCUGGGUGGUGACAAGAAGACGAAGGGUGCCGCUCUUGUGUUCUAA